CGAUCACUCACCGCACCACCCCAACGGCAGCACAAAAACAACAAACCCAACAACCCCAGCAACAAAAACAAACCCCAAAACAAACAAUGUCCCGCAAAGGCGUCGGCCUCGCCGCCUUCGACCGCUCGCGCCUGACGUCGGCGCAGUACGCGAGCCACGGGUCGACGCUGCGGUCGACCAACGCGCAGGCGCUCGAGACCCAGCUGGCCGUCUUCCGCUCGCUGCUGCAGCAGUUCGCCCAGACGCACGCCAAGGACAUUCGCUCGAACCCGACCUUCCGCGCCCAGUUCGCCCGCAUGUGCGCCGCCAUCGGCGUCGACCCGCUCGCGAGCAGCAGUGGUGGCGGCGGUGGCGGUCAGUCUGGUGGUGGGGUUGGGUCGAUCUGGGCGCAGUUGCUGGGUCGGUCGGUGAAUGAUUUUUAUUUCGAGCUGGCUGUGCGCGUGGUCGAGGUUUGUGGCGAGACGAGGGGGGAGAAUGGCGGGUUGAUUGAGCUGAGGAAAGUGCGGGAGCGCAUCAUGAGGAGUCGCAUGGAGGGGGCGUCGGAGAUUACUGAAGACGAUAUCCUCCGCGCCGUGGGCACGCUCAAGCCGCUGGGGUCGGCCUACUCCAUCAUCAAGGUCGGCAGCAAGCCGUACAUACGGUCCGUACCCAAGGAGCUCAACACAGACCAGAGCGCCGUGCUCGAGGCCGCUCAGGUGCUGGGCUAUGUCAGCGUGUCGAUGCUGAUGGUCAACCUGAAAUGGAUGCGGGCGCGGGCGCAGACGGCGCUAGAGGACUUGAUGGCCGAGGGCAUGCUUUGGGUGGACAAGCAGAGCGAGGAGUGGGAGUACUGGAGUCCUGGAUUUAUGCUCGAAAGCCAGGAGGUUCCGGAAGAGACGGGAUGAACCGCCCUCCCGGCCGACGACACAUCAAAACGAUCGAGAGCCAACGUACGGCACGAAGUACGCGCGACCACACCCCUCGGCCGUAUGGCCUCCCGCCGCCGCCCCCCCCCCCCU